GCUGCACUUCCGGUGGAGACGUGGCUCUGUCCUGCUGCCAUAUUGACGCUGGACUGGCUAACCCGCAGUCACACAUCCUCAAGAGAGCUAGAGCCUUGUGCCUCGCCUAUUCGGAGUGAUUAGUACAACCCAAACUAAAAAUAAGACAAGAAACUGAAGGUCUUCGUCAUACAGCGAGAAAAACAAAAAUGGUGCUGUUGGCAGCGGCGGUGUGCACCAAGGCUGGCAAGGCCAUCGUUUCACGACAGUUUGUCGAAAUGACGCGGACAAGAAUUGAAGGUCUUCUAGCUGCAUUCCCCAAACUGAUGAACACAGGGAAGCAGCAUACCUUUGUGGAAACAGACAGUGUCCGUUAUGUGUACCAGCCCCUGGAGAAGCUCUACAUGGUCCUUAUUACCACCAAGAACAGCAACAUCCUUGAGGACCUUGAGACACUCAGACUUUUCUCUCGCGUGAUCCCAGAAUACUGCCGGGUGCUGGAGGAGAGCGAAAUAUCAGAGCACUGUUUUGACCUGAUCUUUGCCUUUGAUGAGAUUGUGGCUUUAGGGUACAGAGAGAACGUCAACCUGGCUCAAAUCCGCACCUUCACAGAGAUGGACUCCCAUGAGGAGAAGGUUUUCCGUGCAGUUAGAGAGACUCAGGAAAGAGAGGCCAAGGCUGAAAUGAGGAGAAAGGCCAAAGAGCUGCAGCAGGCGAGAAGGGAUGCUGAACGUUCUGGCAAAAAGGGACCAGGUUUUGGUGGCUUUGGCAGUGGUGGCAUGAGCAGCAUCUCCUCAGGCUCUAUCAUCACGGAAACCAUCGUAGAACCUGAAAAGCCCAAGAUAACACCAGCUCCAGUCAGACCAAGUGGACCAAGUAAGGCCCUGAAGCUGGGUGCUAAAGGGAAAGAGGUGGACAACUUUGUUGAUAAAUUAAAGUCUGAAGGAGAAACUAUCAUGCCGUCCUCUGGGAAAAGAGGCUCAGAUGUUUCAAAAGCUCUACCAUCGCCAGUGAAUGUAGAGAGUGUACAUCUCCGUGUUGAGGAGAAGAUCUCGCUCACUUGUGGGCGUGAUGGUGGGCUGCAGAACAUGGAGGUUCUGGGCAUGGUGACGCUCCGAGUCACAGAUGACAAGAACGGACGCAUUCGCCUUGUUCUUGUAAAUAAUGACAGUAAAGGGCUACAACUACAAACGCAUCCCAAUGUGGACAAGAAGUUGUUCACCGCCGAUUCAGUGAUUGGCCUGAAGAACCCUGAGAAGUCCUUCCCUCUCAACAAUGAUGUUGGCGUCCUAAAAUGGAGACUACAGACCACAGACGAGUCACUUAUACCUUUAACCAUAAACUGUUGGCCUUCAGAAAGCGGCACUGGCUGUGACGUAAAUAUCGAAUACGAGCUGCAAGAGGAGAGCCUGGAACUCAACGACGUCGUCAUUACCAUACCAGUGCCGUCUGGUGUGGGUGCUCCUGUUAUUGGAGAUCUGGAUGGAGAGUACAAACACGACAGUAGGCGAAAUGUCCUGGAGUGGUGCCUACCUGUCAUUGAUGCCAACAACAAGACUGGCAGCCUGGAGUUCAGCAUUAGCGGGCAGCCCAAUGACUUCUUCCCCGUUAAUGUGUCCUUUGUGUCCAAACGCAACUAUUGCGACAUUCAGGUUGCCAAAGUGACCCACGUUGAUGGAGACAGCUCUGUUAGAUUCUCUUUGGAGACCUCCUUUGUUGUUGACAAAUAUGAAAUCCUGUAAGAAUUUUUGAAGAAAAGUGAAAAUAAAUAGCCCACAAAAAUUAGUCCAAAUCUGCUCCAGAGAACGAUUGACAAUUCCUUGCCUGCCCACCCUGUAUACUAUUACACAGACUGUGUACGUCAACAGGACUUCAUCAUCCCUUCUGGCAAAUCCGCUACCAAGUGCUGGAACAGCUGCAGUGGUUUAUUUAUGUUUCUAAGAGCAGGAAGGAUCAGUUAAACAGUAAUUGAAAUUUCAGAACUAUAUUGAUUAUAUUGUUACCGACCUGAAUGGAGGCCGAGGAUGAUUGCGGGCGGGCCACUGGUCACAUCGUGCUCGGGACAAGCUUUUGGGGAACCUGACAACACGGUGCAAUGGUAUCAGCCUUCACUCCAGUUGGCCCAAAUACUCAACAUGCACCCAACUGUUAUUCUUUCUUCUCUAUGUUGCAUUGCAAUAGUUUGAUAAUGCUGAUCGGGGUUCUUGUUUUCUUUUUCUGAUUUUGUGUCCUAAACUGUUCUCAUGUCUGUCAUUAUAAGCAAUCAAACUGUUGUUGCUCUCGCCAAUAUUUUUUCCCCAUGCAAGGACACUUUACUAAAAAAGGUUACAGAUUGGACCUUGUCUCAAAAGCAAUUACUCAUUAUAUAUCUGCGGCCAUUUUCGUUAACAUCAUAGAGGAGUCUUUUCUUUUUAACAUACCUUUUUGCUGUGUAAUUGGUCAUUUUACACCACAUGGCAUUGAAGUAUGACAGUGGAAAGCAGAUGUACCCAAUGAAUAUAUUUGAGUAUUUCAAUUUAGAUAUUUUUGUAAUUCCCUGGUAACCCUUCUUUGCACAAAAGUCUAGUUGUGUUACAGUAAUGGCAAUUACAUUGUGGGGAGUGGUAAUUUAGACAAGGGCCAAAAACAAAUCCAAAUAACCCACAGAAAUAAGUUAUUGGGCACUCCAUAACCAGCGGCUCACACCCAUAUCCAUCAAUGUAUUUUUUUUCUUGACAUCUAAGAUUAAAUCAAUAUUCAAAAAUUGAUAAUAGCCAUAUUAGUACGGUAUUAUUACUUGUGGAUCUCUGGUAAAUCACUUUUUAGUUACUUCAGUGACAUUACGGCCUCCACAAUAAUUGGCAGUAAUGGACCUUGAAUGUUGGUUUGCCACCCACCAACGAAGCAGACAUUAGGGCUGAUUGUAUUUUAUAAACGGUCAAUGGGCUGAAUAAGUCAAAAUGCCCGUUUUACGUUCAUUUUGGUAGCGACCAGAUGACGGUUGCUUCUUACACGUAGAAAAGUCAAAAAAGGGCUUUGGCUGAAGGAUACCUAUUUAUUACAGAUCAAUUUCCAUAUACUGUCUGAUUUUGGGCCAUGUUUGCCCAUGAAAAGCUGUAAAGACUGCCAAUUAUUGGGAUUUUUUUUUCCUCGGGCAUGGUACAUCCAUAGCAAUUAUAAAUCACGAGAGGUCCACAGGUAAUGCAUUCCAAUCCUGUGCGAAUCUGCCUUUUUUUUUUUUUUUAAACAACUAAAUAUUUCAGUGAUUUUGGGGUGGUUUAUUUUUCACUUGAACUCCCCAAAUUUCAAUUUAGCAAGGGUUGUAUGGCCGAGUUGAAAAUGACUAAAGCGUUUUUUAUUUCUGAAGGGAAUCGUAACAUUCCAUUGUACUAUUAGGGGGAAAGCAGAAUCUUUAAUGUAAUAAAAUGUAUUCUUGAAAGGUU